AUGGAAACACUGAAUGUCGAUGAUAUCAGGAAGCUAACAGUCUUUCAAAUAAAGAAGCUGAAGAAUUUGAUUGAUGCGAGACUUAUGGCGAAGAAACAAGAAAUGGAGGAGCUUGAAGUUCUGCGUAACCAGUCACUCGUACAAAUCGGCAAUCUCGUACAUUCCUCAGUGCCCGUUAGUGACGAUGAGGAAAAUAAUCGAGUGGAAAGAACAUUUGGCGAUAUUAGCACCCAAAAGAAAUAUUCCCACAUUGACCUUUGUGUUAUGAUUGAUGGUUUUGAUGGCGAUCGUGGCGCAUCAGUUGCUGGCGCACGCGGAUAUUUUUUAAAGGGACCGUUAGUUUUUUUGGAGCAAGCACUGAUCAAUCUUGCUUUGCAAAUGCUACACAGCAAAGGUUUCAUACCCCUUUACACUCCAUUUUUCAUGCGCAAAGAGGUGAUGCAAGAAGUGGCACAGCUAAGCCAGUUCGACGAAGAACUUUAUAAGGUUGGGAGUCAUGGGCGAGAUACUCGUGGUAUUUUUCGAGUGCAUCAGUUCGAGAAGGUAGAGCAGUUUAUUUUGUGUUCUCCACAUGAUGAUGUUAGCUGGAAAAUGCUUGAUGAGAUGGUGGAAAAUGCAGAAGAGUACUGUCGGACACUGGGCAUACCCUAUCGCAUAGUGUGCAUUGUUUCUGGUGAACUAAAUAAUGCAGCAGCAAAGAAGUUUGAUUUGGAAGCAUGGUUUCCCGGUAGCGCCGCAUUCAGAGAAUUGGUAUCCUGUUCGAACUGCACUGAUUACCAAGCCCGACGCUUGAGGGUUCGUUACGGACAAACGAAAAAACUUGAUGGUGAAGUUUCGUACGUGCACAUGCUAAAUGGAACAAUGUGCGCUACCACACGUGUGUUAUGUGCACUGCUUGAGAAUUAUCAGGAAGAGAAAGGCAUACGUGUACCGGAAGCCCUUAAACCGUUCAUGCCCCAUCCUUACAAGGACCUGAUACCGUUUGUGAAGGAAGCACCCAUUGAAGCUGAUAUGAAGAAGGCUUAUUUAAAUUAA